AUGGAUGCACAACUUGCUGGAGAGAGAAGAUUAUUGGAGCUAAAUGAGAUGGACGAAUUUAGAGCUCAUGCGUAUGAAAAUGACCUCCUUUACAAAGAAAAGACUAAAAUAUGGCAUGACAUAAAAAUUUUGCAUAGGCAAUCUUUUCCUGGACAACAAGCACUACUCUAUAAUUCAAGACUCAAGCUGUUCCUAGGCAAGGUGAAGUCUAGAUGGUCAGGACCGUUCACUGUACAUCAAGUGGAUAACCACGACGCAAUAGAAAUCAAGAACAUGGAAGAUGAGUCUACCUUCAAAGUGAAUGUUCAAUGA